AUAGAAAAAGAUGUGCGGAACCAACGUGAAUGUCAAAUGAAAGCGAAACAAGCUAUUCGCCGAAUAAAUCACUGAAAAGCCUGUUGGUUUAUGUUUUCAAAGUAUUCCUGUAGCGCAUUACGUGUCGUGAUGUUAUUAAGAUGCUUCGGACUGCUGCACGCACGCUUUCCCGGAGAGUGUUCCGACAAACUCUGAGGGAUUUCUGCGAGAAGGUGCCGAGGAACCUUCGGGUUUCUGAGGCAAUUUCAGGAGCUGGAUUGGGAAAAAACGUCCAAAUUCAGGGAUGGGUUCGUUCCGUCCGAGCUCAGAAGGCAAAUUUGUUCGUGGACGUCAACGAUGGCAGCUGCCUGCAGUCGCUGCAGAUUGUCGCCAGUCCAGAAUACAAUGACCCGCAGCUGACAUUCGGAAGCGCAGUUGAGAUUUGUGGAGUUUUGAAGAAAAGUCUGCACCCCAAACAGCCUGUGGAGCUGGAAGCCGAGCACAUUCACGUGGUUGGAGAAUGUAACCCUUUGGAUUUCCCGUUUAAAAUCAAAGAGCGCCACAAACUGGAGUACAUCCGCCAGUUCCCACACCUCCGCGGCAGAACAAACGCCUUCAGCUCCUUGCUGAGGAUACGCAGCGAGGCCGCUUGGGCCGUUCACUCGUUUUUCAAGGAAAAUGGUUUUGUGCAAAUUCACACGCCGAUCAUCACCUCCAACGACUGCGAGGGGGCAGGAGAGCUCUUUCAGAUUGAGGCUUCUUGUCCACAAAACAGCGAGGACGACAACUUCUUCUCGGUUCCGGCUUACUUGACCGUGUCUGGUCAGCUCCACUUGGAGGUCAUGGCAGGGUCAUUUUCCAGAGUCUACACUUUCGGGCCGACCUUUCGCGCUGAAAACUCCCAGAGCCGACGCCACCUGGCCGAGUUUUUCAUGGUGGAGGCGGAGCUGGCAUUUACGCGGUCUAUAGAGGAUCUCACUAAGGUCAUGGAGGACAUGUUCAGACGGACCACCGAGCACGUGUUGGACCGCUGCCCUCAAGACGUGGACUUAUUUCAUAAGCACGUGACACCAGGACACAGGGAUGCAGUGGAAACCAUGUUGAAGGACAAAUUUCAUGUGGUGACCUACAGUGAGGCUAUAAAUAUCCUUAAGCAAAGCUCUCAGGCGUUCGCCUUCCCAACCAACUGGGGUUGCGACCUCCAAACGGAGCAUGAGAAGUACCUGGUGAAACAUUGCGGAAUGCGUCCACUCUUUGUAGUCGAUUAUCCCUACCAGCUCAAGCCGUUUUAUUCCAGAGAUAACCAAGACAGUCCCCUUCAUACGGCGGCCGCUGUGGAUCUUCUGGUGCCUGGUGUUGGGGAGCUGUGUGGGGGCUCGCUAAGGGAAGAGAGGCUGGACCUCCUAAAAGCUCGCUUGGAAGAAGUCGGAUUAGAAGACACCUACAGUUGGUAUUUGGAUUUGAGGCGUUUUGGCUCCGUUCCACACGGCGGCUUUGGAAUGGGAUUUGAACGAUACCUGCAGUGCAUUCUGGGAGUGGACAACAUCAAAGACGUGAUUCCCUUCCCUCGAUUUGCAUAUUCUUGUCUGCUGUAAUGUUACGUCUAACUGACGGCUCGCUAAGGGCGUAACAUAAAACAAAUCACACGUGUACAAGUGGACACAAAUCGAUUUAUUUACCUAGCCAAAUGAAUACAAAAUACAAAGGAAGCUGGCUUCAGGGUAAACCCAGGCCAAAACAACAAACAAAAGGAAUCUACACUUAAGCCCCACCUGCUAACUAAACCCUGAUCGUACAAAAAGAGAUAACAAAAAGACAGCCGCUACCCUGGCUUCCUACAAUAAACAAAACAGAAGAAAACGGGUUGAACAGAAAUGGCAGCUUACUCCUACUGCUUCAGUGCUCUUAUUUACAGUGGUGAACAAAAACGAUCAGAUAAUGGCAAAACACAAAAGACUUCACCGAAAAAGCAGGAGCGUAACAAACAAGCGAUUGAAUGCGAAGACGAAUGGAUGCCGAGCAAACAGCUGGCGAGGAGGAACGCGGCACGAACGCUGUCAAUGCGACCUCCCACAGCGUUGACAGCGGCUGGUUUUUGAAGUUGGUGGUGUCCUUCAGCGGCCAAUCAGAGGCUGCCACGACGUCUGCCCAUUUGGUGUCGAUCAGCACACGUCACGCUGGGAGGGGAGGCAGCCAGCUGGCGAAGGUGAUGAUCAGCUGACUGCAAGCUUCGCAACAUAAAACAACACUUAAACGGCCAGGACCGUCACAUGUAAUAUCUGCAGGUUGUCUUUUUAUUUUAUUUUAUUUUAUUUUUUUUUUUUUUAAGGCUUCCAAGAAAUUCAAAAUAUGUUAUAAUUUAACAAUAAAUCGUGUUUUUAAACCCAAAAAAGGCUGCCGGCAUUCUUAUUUUUUUGAUGGAUGUUCACUUCAGAUCAAAUCAAUACUGAAUGCUUAGACGUUACUGCAUGA